AUGGGCGUGGGUCACUCAGACCAUUCCGCUUCUUCCUCGCACUCCCUUCUAAGCCCCCCUAAGCCCUCCUUAGCCCCCCCCUCCUCCUUCUCCCACCCCUCAACAGCCCCUACUGCAGGCGACACGUGUGUGGUGGCGGGGGUGUGUGGGCCGCGGGGGAAGGGCGUGGGGGACACAUGUGUGGUGGCAGGGGUGUAUGGGCCGCGGGGGAUGGGCGCGGCGGGAGGGGGGCUGGCGGGGGGAGGGGGAGCAGUGGGGCAGGGGGGCAAGGAGGACCCUCUGAGAGCCUCCCGGCAGGUCAUAUGGGCUCCCAGGAACGGCAUCGCAGAUGAAUGGACUACUGGUCCAACCAAGGCAGUGGUGCGCCAGACAGUGGCCUCUCUGUGCUGCCUUGCCUCGGUGUGGCACACAGUGGCCUCUCUGUGCUGCCUUGCCUCGGUGCGGCACACAGUGGCCUGUCUGUGCUGCCUUGUCUCGGUGCGGCACACAGUGGCCUGUCUGUGCUGCCUUGCCUCGGUGCGCCAGACAGUGGCCUCAACCAGGAGAAGUGCUGCUGCUGUCGUCCUACCCCAGUGGCCCCAUGUCUUCCUCAACCCCCUCGCCUCCCCCAUCACUCCCACUGCGACCGCUGUCCAAUCACUACCCCCCCCUUCCCCCCUUCCCCUCUUCCCCCCUUCAUCGCCAGGCCCACAGGAGAAGUACAGCGAGGCAGUGGUGCGGCAGACGGUGGACUCGGUGCUGCUGUCGCGCACAGGAGAAGUACAGCGAGGCGGUGGUGCGGCAGACGGUGGAUGCGGUGUUGCUGUCGUCGCUGCUGCCGCGCACGAGAAUACAGCUGCAGCUGCAGGUGGGUUGAGAUCGAUGCAGUGCGGUGCAGUGAUGCCUGGUCCUGCAGUGGCGAGGAGAGUACGGGUACUGCAGCUGCAGGCAGUUUGCGGCAGUGCAGCUGGCCCUGGACUCCCAAGGUCAACUGCUGCGACUUUUGAGGCGCCUCAAAAGUUGCACACGCCCCUUCCCUCCCGCCUCCCCAUAUCCAUACACACAGCGGCAGUGCAGCUGGCCCUGGACUCCCAAGUUGCACACGCCCCUUCCCUCCCGCCUCCCCAUAUCCAUACACACAGCGGCAGUGCAGCUGGCCCUGGACUCCCAAGGUCAACUGCUGCGACUUUUGAGGCGCCUCAAAAGUUGCACACGCCCCUUCCCUCCCGCCUCCCCAUAUCCAUACACACAGCGGCAGUGCAGCUGGCCCUGGACUCCCAAGGUCAACUGCUGCUCGACCCAACCAAGCAGGAGCAGCAGACAGCGUCUGCCACCCUCUGCACAGUGUUCGCCAACUGCCCGCUAGCACCGGAUGGCACAGUGCUCGCUACAGUGCCCACUGGACUGGCUGGGGCGGCAGCAGUAGGAGCAGCAGCAGGGAGCAGCGGGCAAGAGGCAGUGGAUGGGAUGAUUACAUGUGAAGCCACAGGGCGGAUCAGAGCCCUCAAGUACGUGGAGGUGUUGGAGAGGGCAGUGUGUGUAGAGUGGUUGCCCUGCUGUUACAACAUUCAGUCCACACCACCGCUCAUCACCGCUCACCACUCCGAACCACCGCACAUAACCCAAUGUUACCCACCAGCCCUCAAGUACGUGGAGGCGUUGGAGCGAGCAGAGCUGGCAUGCCGGGUCAUUGAUGCCUUCUCCCGCACCGGCCUUGAGCAGUUCCAGCAUGUGGGGAGAGCAGAGCUGGCGUGCCGGGUCAUUGAUGCCUUCUCCCGCACCGGCCUCAAGCAGUACUAG